AAUUAAGACGUGCGAUUCCUCCUUCUUGGGUGACUAGCUCCUCUUGGGUCUCAGCCCCGCCCCUCGCUCUCAGUAGCGCUCGGAACCAGCCGCAGCCAAUCGCCGCCCGCGGGUGGGUCCCGCCUUCUUAAGCCCCGCUCCCCACCUUUAAUCUUGAUAGCUUCGGCCAAACCCGCUCAGGGCCACGUCGCUCGCCCAGGGAACUUCUCCCUCCGACGUAGCAGCUACCUCCCUCGAUACCUGGCUUCCACCUCCUGUGCUCAGGGACCUGAAUUUCCCCUCCCCGACCCAUGAGUGUUAAAUUUCUUCCUCCUGGAGCUUCGCUUCCCGGCCUCCAGACUCGGAUCCCCUAGCCUUCAGUUUUCAGGACUCGGGAUCUGCGCCUCCCGGAGCCAGGAGUCCCGUAUCUACGCCACCUGGAUUUAGUUUCCUGCAGACCUCUGCCACCUGCCACUCUCAACCUCCCGCAGCCACAGACCCCACGUUCCAGGCUGAGAAACUCCUGUAUUCCCAAGGCCCAGGGCCGAGAAACUCGGGCGCUUCCAGCCAGCUUGUGGGCAUUUGACAACGCGGAGAAGAGCAGAGAAGCCCUAGAGCCCAGCUGAAGGAACUUAGCCACCCCAGCUUCCGAGAGCCAAGGAACCUCGGCACUGUAAACUCACAACUCCAAGGAGCCCUCCAAAGUUCCAGGGGAAGUUUAGGACUCUCGGUCCUAACGCCGGCGUCCUGGGAAGGGGCCCCAAGCGCUCACAGCUUUCAGGCACAAAGAAACCCCCGCGUAUCCCAUCAUGGUGGCAGAUCCUCCUAAAACCGACCCCAAGGGGUUCGCGGAGCCCGCCGCGAAUGGUGGACCAGCUGUGGGUCCCGGAGAGGACCAAGUUGCGACUUUAGGUGGCUGCUGCAGUUCCUGGACCCAGGUGCGCGGUUGCCUUCGUGCCAAUCUGCUGGUGCUGCUGACUGUGGUGGCCGUGGCGAUUGGCGUGGCGCUGGGGCUGGGGGUCUCGAAGGCAGGUGGGCUGGGCCCACAGCACUGGACCGCCUUCGAGUUCCCUGGCGAGCUGUUACUACGCCUGCUAAAGAUGAUCAUCUUGCCGCUGGUAGUGUGCAGCCUGAUCAGCGGCGCCGCCAGCCUGGACCCGAGUGCGCUUGGCCGCCUGGGCGGUUGGGCGCUGCUCUUUUUCCUGGUCACCACUCUGCUCGCGUCCGCUCUCGGUGUUGGCUUGGCUUUGGCGCUGCAACCCGGCGCCGCGUUUGCCGCCAUCAACGCCUCUUUUGAAGGGGUCACCGGCUCUGUCGAAGAGACCCCCAGCAAGGAGGUGCUGGAUUCGUUCCUGGAUCUUGCGAGAAAUAUCUUUCCCUCCAACCUGGUGUCUGCAACCUUUUCCUCUUACUCUACCACCUACCAACUGAGAAAGAUCAACGGGACCCAGGUGAAGGUGCCCGUGGGGCUGGAGGUGGAAGGCACGAACAUCCUGGGCCUGGUGGUGUUUGCCAUCGUCUUUGGCGGGGCCCUGCGGAAGCUAGGCCCUGAAGGGGAGCUGCUCGUCCGCUUCUUCAAUGCCUUCAAUGAUGCCACCAUGGUGCUGGUCUCCUGGAUCAUGUGGUACGCUCCUGUGGGCAUCCUGUUCCUUGUGGCCAGCAAGAUUGCGAAGAUGCAGGACGUGGGGAAGCUCUUCACCAGCCUUGGCAAAUACAUCCUGUGCUGCCUGCUGGGCCAUGCCAUCCACGGAAUCCUGGUAUUGCCCCUCAUCUACUUCAUCUUCACCCGAAAGAACCCCUACCGCUUCCUGUGGGGCAUCAUGACACCGCUGGCCACUGCCUUUGGGACCUCCUCCAGCUCCGCCACGCUGCCGCUGAUGAUGAAGUGCGUGGAGGAGAAGAACGGCGUGUCCAAGCACAUUAGCCGCUUCAUCCUGCCCAUCGGCGCCACGGUCAACAUGGACGGUGCGGCGCUUUUCCAGUGCGUGGCUGCUGUGUUCAUUGCACAGCUCAACAGGCGACCCCUGAACUUCGUGAAUAUCAUCACCAUCCUGGUCACAGCCACCGCGUCCAGCGUGGGGGCAGCGGGCAUCCCCGCAGGCGGUGUCCUCACUCUGGCCAUCAUCCUCGAAGCGGUCAACCUCCCUGUCAAUGAAAUCUCCUUGAUCCUGGCUGUGGACUGGCUAGUGGACCGGUCCUGUACCAUCCUCAACGUGGAAGGUGAUGCUCUGGGGGCAGGACUCCUCCAGAGUUAUGUGGAUCGCACGAAGACGCAGAGCACGGAGCCCGAGUUGAUCCAGGUUAAGAGUGAGGUACCUCUGAAUCCACUGCCGGCUGCCACAGAGGAAGGGAACCCCCUCCUCAAACAGUAUCAGGGUCCCCCUGUGGAUGCUGCCACCUUUGAGAAGGAGUCAGUGAUGUAAACCCCUAGAGGGACCUGCCUGCCCUGCUGAGGGGCACACUGGACAUUGGGGUGGACAAAUGGACAAACUGGGACUCUGGGGGCUGCCUGCAUGCUCUGGGGAACCAGCACUCCUGCCCUGCACUGGACAGGAGAUGGGGUGGCCUCACUACUGGGGUAUGUGCCUGUGUUGAGUGUCCCCACCCCGCAAUGGUCCUCAACUCCUGUCCCCACCCAAGGCGAUAAUAUUCCCCCAACUCCAUCCAGACCCACCUGGCCUUGCCUGUCUCCAGGUAGGUCACCUUGUGGAGUUCUGUGGCCUUUGGGGGCUGCAGGUGUGUGUGUGUGUGUGUGUGUGUGUUGACCACUGAACUUUCUCUGGUACAUUCCACCUGCUCCCCAGGCGCUCUAUUCCCUCCACAGUAACAAAUAUUCCCCGGAUCCCUGGGGGAAGGCCAAGGAUAAAUAUUGUCACUCCAAAGGACACUUUCUAGCAAUAAAAUUGUCAAGUAUAUUUAAUCAGGUGUUUUAAGACAUUGAAUUAAAGCACCAACCAUGACAUCAAAAAUAUGAUAAACUGAACUUCAUUGAAAAAAAAAGUCUGUUCAUCAAACCACCAGAGGAAAACAAUUGGGCAGUUUCUCUUUUUUUUCUGCAUGAAGUUUUGGGGGUUUUUUGGUACUGGGGGUUGAACCCAGGGGCACUCUACCCCAGUGCUUUUUAUUUUUUACUUUGAGACAGGGUCUUGCUUAGUUGCUGAGACUGCCCUCAAAUUUGCAAUUCCCCGGCCUCAGCCUCCCGAGUUGCUGCGAUGAUAGUUGUGUGCCACCAUGCCCAGCCUGGGCAAUUUCUUACAAAGCUACAAUGGACACCAUGCAAUUUAGGAGUCACACUCCUGGAUAUGUCAGAGAAAAGAAAACUUCUAUUCGUACGAAACCAC